AUGUGUGAAGGUGAAAACAUGCCAGGUCCUGGAUCAGGUGUUCCUGACGAGGAAGAAGUGCAAACCCCAACUGUAAACUGGGGAGCCUGGAGAACCAAGCCUAACUUAGGCUUGAUAGGCAUUUCUAAAAAACUUCUGUCUGCUGAGCCAAACUUCGUCGCUCUGUGUGAUGCUUUACGGGUAACAGACAGCGUAAGAGUGGCAGCUUUGAAGUCCUAUGAAAAAGUGUCUAUGGAUAGAGCUGUAGAGGGCCAUAUUAAAGAAUUGUGUGGGAUCUGUAUUUUUUCAGCAGCAGUAGACUUGGACGAGGUGACUUUCACAUUUACAGAACUUCUGAAAUGUUUAAAUAUUAGUGUGUGCACAUUUAUGUACUUGGUUAAAGAAAUGGAUGUCAACAUGGACACACUUAGUACCAAAGUGGAUAGCGCUACCUCACGGCUAAAGAAAAAAUAUGAUGUACUGUUGGCACUCUAUCAAAGGUUUGAAAGGACUUGUGAACUUAUCUUUGAUGACCAGCCUACUGAUCAAACAUGUGUGGACCUAACACCCCCAUUAGUUCUAAAGCUAUGCUGGACCAUGUUUCUUUUGGCAAAAGGAAAAAUUCUGCAGAUGGAAGACGAUUUGGUUAUCUCCUUCCAGUUGCUAUUAUGUGUUCUUGACUAUUUUAUCAUACAGUUGCCUCCUCCAGUACUUAAGGAACCAUACAAAUCUCUGAAUGUGGGAUCUGGUGAUGGGUCAGUUCGAACAUGUAGACGAGGUCAGAACAGGAACAUACAUACAACAAAAGCAGAUGCAGAGAUAAAAGUUAUUGAAGAACUUUGUAAAGAACACGAUUGUAAUUUGGAUGAGGUGAAAAAUAUUUACUUCACUAGUUUUAUUCCGUUCUUGAAUUCGAUAGGCAUUACAUCUUCCAGCAGACUCCCAGAGGCUGAGAAUAUAUCAUGCAUAUACGAAGAAAUGUAUCUGCAGAACAAGGAUAUUGAUGCCCGAUUGUUUCUGGAAAAAGAUGAAACUUUACAAUAUGAUCGCACAGAAUGUUUACAGUUAGAGAGAACACCAACAAAAGAUUCAGAUGAAGAUUUUUGCACUGUACUUCCACAGACCCCUGUUCGGGCUGCAAUGAAUACUAUUCAACAGCUAAUGGUGGUUUUAAACUCUGCAAGUGAUAAACCAUCAGAGAAUCUUGUCUCCUACUUUAAUAAUUGCACAGUAAAUCCUAUGCCAGAAAUAUUAGAAAGCGUAGAAAAUCUGGGUUGUGUCUUCAAAGAAAAAUUUGCUGAAGCAGUUGGACAAGGAUGUGCUGAGAUUGGAUUGCAGAGGUAUAGACUUGGUGUGCGGUUAUACUACAGAGUGAUGGAAUCUAUCUUAAAGUCGGAAGAAAAACGGCUAUCAAUUCAUAAUUUUAGCAAACUUCUGAAUAACAAGAUAUUUCAUACAUCGCUGCUGGCCUGUUCUCUUGAAGUUGUCAUGGCUACAUAUGGUACCUCAAGGAGUGCUUCACAACUUGAUAAUGCAAAUAUGGAAAGAGACUUGUCUUUCCCAUGGAUCAUCAAUGUACUCAACCUAAAAGCCUUUGACUUAUACAAAGUUAUUGAAAGCUUCAUUAAAGCGGAACCAAGCCUGACAAGAGAGAUGAUAAAACACUUAGAAUGCUGUGAACACCAAAUUAUGGAAUCCCUUGCAUGGCAAUCAGAUUCCCCAUUAUUUGAGCUUCUAAAACAGUCGAAGGAGCGAGAGGGGCAAGUUGAUGAGCCUGAACCGACCAAUUAUUUUGCUCAGCCUCUUCAGCAUAACCACACUGCUGCAGACCUGUAUCUCUCCCCAACGAAAUCUCCAAAGAAAAAAGUUUCUUCCACUCCAGUCUAUUCCUCUCCAGAUUCUCAGCCUGCACUGGCAAUUCAGUCUCAGAAAAUAUAUAAAUCUACCUCUUUGUCAUUGUUUUACAAAAAAGUGUAUUGGCUGGCUUAUACACGACUGAACAACUUAUGCUUGCGUCUCCUUCCUGACCAUCCUGAACUCAAACAUUUGAUAUGGACACUCUUUCAUCACACACUCCAAAAUGAGUAUGAACUUAUGAAAGACAGGCACUUAGAUCAGAUUAUGAUGUGUGCCAUGUAUGGCAUAUGUAAAGUGAAGAACAUUGAUCUCAGGUUUAAAACAAUUGUGACAGCGUAUAAGGAGCUCACUAGCACUAAUCAAGAGACUUUCAAGUGUGUUUUGAUCAGAGAAAGACAAUACGAUUCCAUUAUAGUUUUCUACAAUUUGGUGUUCAUGCAGAGACUGAAAACUAAUAUUUUGCAAUAUGCUUCCAACAGGCCUCCAACAUUGUCACCCAUUCCACAUAUUCCUAAGAGCCCUUACAAGUUUUCUAAUUCUCCUUUGCGUGUCUCUGCGGGAAAUAACAUUUAUAUCUCACCUUUGAAGAGUCCCUACAAAUUUUCUGAAGGAUUAUCAUCACCCACCAAAAUGACGCCAAGAACAAGAAUAUUGGUUUCAAUAGGUGAAUCCUUUGGGACAUCUGAGAAGUUUCAGAAAAUAAACCAGAUGGUGUGUACUAAUGAUCGUCAGUUGAAACGUGGAGCUGAAGUAAGCAUAGCUCCCAAACCUCUGAAGAGACUGCGUUUUGAUACAGAAGGACAGGAUGAAGCAGAUGGAAGGGAGCACCUUUCUGGAGAGUCAAAGUUCCAACAGAAGCUUGCGGAAAUGACAUCUACUCGGACCCGAAUACAAAACCAGAAACUCGCUGAUGGAACUGACACUUCAACAAAUGGCUAGAAGUGAAUGGCCAUUCAGACCCAAUUACAUACACUGCAUGCUUUGUUGAUUUCUGCUGUUACCUUCAGCUUGUCCAGUAUCCAAUUUGGAUGUUUUCGGUGUUUUAUACCAUAGGAUGCAGCAUGUAUGCUAUGUUAGCUAGUGAAUUGUUAAUUUAUAUAGAUUAGUUUUUAAAGGCAACAUUGCUUUGCUUCCCUGUGCAGCAUUUUUGUUUGAUACUAUUUCAUUCUACUUAAUACCGAUCUCCUUUGUUUAAAACAAAGAAAUUUAAAAAUUAAGUAGUAGUGCUUGCACUAAUGAGGUGGUAUAUAAAUCAAAUGAAGAAAUUAAUUAGUGAAAAUGCACUAGUGUUUUGUUACAAGAUUAAUAUUAGAUGGAAUGCACUAUUUACUUAUAUUAUGCAUUAGACUUCCAACUCAUCAAGCAGGUUGCAAGUUUACAACUGCACAUGUCAUCAGAAUUGCCUUGCAGAACUAAGUCUGAUGUACACUAAAGUAUGAAUAUUGACCAUGAUUUGAAACUCAGUGGACUGAAUCUACAGUUGAGUUUAGUGCAACUGCAUUCAAUAGAGGCCAGAUCAAAUCCACUGUAUCACUAUGCUACUGAAAUAAAUCCCCUUUAUGAAACUGA